CAGCAGUUCAAAAUUCCCGCCGGAUAAUACCGAGAAUUUCAGUUCCUCAUUCUACCGCCAGGUUAUCGCGCUGUGAAUAGUUCAUCAAUUAGCUACCAGGUAGCGCGCAAAGAAAAGCUUUCCUAGCGAUUUUGUCCUGUAAAACAAUCUUUUAUAGUCAUUUUGCGCUUUAUGAAACACUGAAAUAGAAUUGGGAAGUUUUUGCAAUAAUAUUGAUCCGACCAUGUCGAGCGCCAAGGGUACCUCCAAGGUGUGCACACACUGCGGUAGCAGUGACAUCGACACCGACUCGGCAAGAGGAGACGCUGUCUGUACGAACUGCGGCUCCGUUCUUGAGGACCAGAUCAUCGUCUCUGAGAUCCAGUUCCAGGAGAACUCAAUAGGUGGCACAUCUGUCAUUGGACAGUACGUCUCCAGCGAAGGCAACAAAUCGCACAGUUUUGGACCUGGCUUCCAUCACGGCUUUGGGAAGGAGUCCCGUGCACUGACUCUCCAGAAUGGUAAAAAGAAGAUCCAGCAUGUCGGUGGACAGCUGAAACUGAAUCAACACUGUAUUGAUACGGCGUACAACUUCUUCAAGAUGGCUGUCAGUCGUCGUCUGACCAGAGGGCGUAGGACCACACAUGUUGUUGCAGCCUGUCUGUACUUGGUCUGCAGGACUGAGGGCACACCACAUAUGUUGCUUGACUUUAGUGAUGUUCUUCAGACGAAUGUUUACAACUUGGGUAGAACAUAUCUACAGUUGUCAAGGGAACUCUGCAUCAAUGUGCCAGUCUUGGAUCCAUGCCUGUACAUCCAGAGGUUUGCCCACCGCCUUGAAUUUGGUGACAAGACACAUGAAGUCUCCAUGACGGCAUUGAGACUGGUGCAGAGAAUGAAGAGAGACUGGAUACAUGCUGGGAGGAGACCGUCUGGCUUAUGUGGGGCUGCUCUUUUGGUCGCGGCAAGAUGGCACGAUUUCAACCGAACGCUCAGGGACAUUAUAAAAGUGGCUAAAGUUUGUGAAUCGACAAUCCGAAAACGAUUAACCGAGUUUGAGGAGACGCCGUCUAGUCAGUUGACAAUCGAUGAAUUCCAACGGAUUGAUUUGGAGGAGGAGCAUGACCCACCGUCGUUCACUGCCGGGAAGAAAAAAGCGAAACUUGCUCAGUUCGAUGAUGGUAAACUUGGAGAGGUGAACAGCGAAAUAACGGAGAUGCAGGCCGAGAUCGAGCGAGCUUUGGAAAGUAACAGGUUAAAGAAGCCAAAAGAUUCUGACUCUGCCAGUGUUUGCUCUAGUACAAUCAGCUCGUUAGACCUGGAAACGGAACUUACUGAAUCAUUUAUUGAAAAGGAAAUCAUGGAGGAUGUAUUAUUGUCAACAGAAUCAGACAUUCAUGAACGGACUAGUGAACCGAUUGCGGGAACUAGUUCAAGACAAGGAUAUGAAUGCAAAAGUGCCAAUCCGAACUCGCCAAAAAACACUGUUGAUACUGAUGUGUCUCAAUCACCAAAGGUUGAAUUUGAUAUCGAGGUGGAUAAGUUCGAGUUGGACAGUGCUUUGAUGCCGCCACCGUGGGACGGCGCACCAAGUGGUAUUCAGGGGCCACGGCCAACCGCGGCUAGUUUAGGACUCAAGGAGUCGAUAGAGGAGUGUCUUAAAGUACCGGAGAGUGUUGAUGAUGAGGAGGACGGGGGUGAGCUGGAUCUCACCGAUAUUGAUGACCAAGAAAUUGAUCAGUUGUACCUUUUGAAUCCCGAAGAGAUCGAGGUGAAGACGAGUAUCUGGACGAUGGCCAAUGCUGACUAUCUGAAGGAACAGAAAGAGAAGGAGGAGAAAGAGGCCCAUGAUAAGGAGAUGGGUAUAACCAAACCAGAGAAAAAGAAAAAGAAGACACGUAAAAAGCAACAGAUACAGGCGAACACUGCCGGUGAGGCAAUAGAGAAAAUCUUGCAGGAGAAAAAGAUCUCGAGCAAAAUAAACUAUGAUGUGCUGAAGGAUUUAAACAGGGUAUCCGAGUUAAAGAAGGACACUGAGACAGUGAGCAAAGUUGAGGUUGUCCCUGUGGAGGAGGAUGGGCCGGUCCCACCUAAGCCAUCAUUUGAAAGGCGGUUCAAGAGAAAGAGUGUGUCCAUUGAUACAAAACCAUUCCUGGAUGGUAUGUCCAUCAAACAACCCAAGCUCGACGACAAGAAAGACGACAUUGUCAUCGAGUCUGGACCGAUUGAAUACGCCAGUGUGAAAGACGAAGAUGGUGAAAUUGAAGAGGAAGACUAUGAAGAGGAGGAUGAACACAUGAGUGCUGCUCAGUUGAUGGGACAUGGAGGUGUUGACGAAUAUGUAGAAGCUUAUGAAGAAGAUGACUACUAAACAGGGCUCAGGAACUCAAGGCAGCAUUACUCAGUUUGGUCACAUCAGUUGUAUCUCAUGAACUGUUUACUACUUACUUUAAUGUACAGUAUGCUGCAUAUUUUAUUUAUUUUUGUAACUUAAUUGAGUCAUAAUGUUAUUUUAUACGAAGUAACAAAUGUAUUGAUCAAACUGUAGAGCAGUUUUUUAUUGGAGUGAUUGGUCACUUGUGUGUGCAUGUCAUUGGAUGUCCUUUGCACCUAAUCGGAAUUUUGACCCCUCAAGUCAAUCAUUGUCAUUAUCUGUAUGUGUGUUGUCGUACUUGUCAUUCCUGUUCAAAAAGGAAGGACGAUUUAUCUCGGAAGUGGUGAAUCCAGUGCAGUUGCUAAUUUAUUCGUGCAAUAUAGCUUUGAUAGGUCUUGGGACUAUAGGUAAGAGCUAGGGUCCAUUUGGUGAGCUCGAGGUGACACGUGAACAGGCAGAUCACUGGGUUUGUUUGACUUAUCCUGGCACCUGCCUUUAGUGUCUCUUUAGUCUUUGUAAUGUCUUUAUCAUUUGACCAGUGGAUCUCAUGUAUAGUAUCUGUAAUUACGGGUAUUUGAUACUGAAUAAAGUCUAAACAUUCAGUCUGUAAAUACUAGUAAUGAAUUACUUUCCUUGAAAUUAUUUCAGGGACAGCAGAAACUGUUUAACCACUUUGAUGCCUGAUCUGUGCAUGUUCAUUUAUUGUGGAAGGCCAGUUCUGUACCUUGCUCACCCAGAAAAAAGUCUUGUAAAUUUUGGGGGGUUCUUGGGUUUCAUGUUUCUAGAAGACCAACUUGUUCCGAAUAAGAGAAAUAAAUGGUGUUACCAAGAAUGUGCCUGUCACAAGAACUUUGAAAAUACUGGCAAGAUAAGACAUUGUAAAUGAUAUUGUGUCAUGAAAUAAAAGUGUUCAUAGAAAUGUA